CUUAACUUUCAGUUUAUCUUUAAGAAAAUACUUUUUUAAGCAGGAAUUUGACCUGCACUGCGUGGGACUCUAUUUCACAUACGAAUCUGUAUUUACCUGUCGUUACACGGAUAUAACGUUACUCCAAAUAACACCCCUGGAGUCGUCAUCAGACGGUCACAAACUUCGGAAAGUUAACGAUGGAUAAGGACCGUGAAACUGAAGCUGAGGCUGAUGUGGUCGAUGCCGAGACAUGCCAGGACAUGAUGGCAGAUACUAUGGAUGCCAAACCAGAUAGGAAAGGCAGGUUCCUGCUGUUUGGAGGUAAGAAGAAUAAGGAUGGCCAGGCGCGAGAGCAGGAGAAUUCCUCAGAAAGCCAUUACAGGAUCGUUUCACCUACAUUCCAGUAUAAGAUGAGCCACAAGCGUGUGGGCAAGUGCAUCAUCAUCAACAACAAGAACUUUGACGAAAAGACAGGGAUGAAUGUACGCAACGGAACUGACCGGGACGCCGGGGAGCUGUACAAGUGCUUCAAAAGCCUUGGCUUCGACGUGUGUGUCUACAACGACCAGACCUGCGAGAAGAUGGAGCGUCUGAUGAAAGAGGCCUCAGAGGAGGACCACAGCGACAGCUCCUGUUUCGCCUGCAUACUGCUGAGCCACGGCGAGGAGGGCAUGAUCUACGGCACGGACGGGGCCAUGCCCAUCAAGAGCAUGACCUCGCUCUUCCGAGGGGACAUGUGCAAGAGCCUGGUGGGCAAGCCCAAGCUCUUCUUCAUCCAGGCUUGUCGGGGUUCAGAGUUUGACGACGGCAUUCAGACAGACUCGGGACCCCCCAACGACACCCUGGAGACGGACGCCAACCCCCGACACAAGAUCCCCGUGGAGGCAGACUUCCUGUUUGCCUACUCCACCGUGCCAGGCUACUACUCGUGGAGGAAUCCUGGCCGCGGCUCCUGGUUUGUCCAGGCCCUCUGCAACGUCCUCAACGAGUUCGGGAAGCAACUGGAGAUAAUGCAGAUCCUCACGCGGGUCAACUACAUGGUGGCCACCAGCUUCGAGUCCUGGUCGGAGGACCCUCGCUUCAGCGAGAAGAAACAGAUACCAUGCGUGGUCUCCAUGUUGACCAAAGAGCUCUACUUCAACUGAUGGUUUGGGGUAGGGCUCUUCCAAAAUGACCACUGCGACCGCUAACGGCCGACCGACUGGACUGGGAGGGGGAAAACUCACCGGGAUGGUGCGGGAUCGGAACACCGGGAGCGGUUUCAACAUUCAGGGAUGAUCCAGACGUGGCUGGAUGCUGGCGUUUCGUUUCUUUUUUUAAAAAAAAGCAAAAAAAAACUUUUUGUGCGUGAAAGCCAUUUUUUUUUUCCUCACGUGACACUGGGCGCAAAAAAGAUACGCUCUGAAAUAUAUCAAACGAAGACAAAGAAGAAGUAAAUCCUCAGUGGUAAUCCGCGUUCAUGUGUUGGUGGUGAUACUUGCCUCUUUCAGGUUGUUCCCCUCGGGAAUAAUGAUGUCACAUCUGAUAUUUGUCGAAACAGGCGGUGUGAAAUAUACAUGUUUUAAAUUUCCUUUUUUUUUUUUCCUUUUUUUUUUUUUUUUUGAAUUAGCAUUCAACCAACCGCAUGAAGAGUUUGCUGUUUUGGUGGGGAAUAGGUGAGGGUUGGAUAACUGAAAUCAUUUUGAGAGGGGUGGGGGAAAUGCACAAGCUCCCUUUCAAGUCAUCCACUUUUACCUUGCGAGUUAAGCGACGAGUUUACCUGGGGCACAUGCCGGGAAGUGAUCGCAAGCCGGAUAGGGACCUGUGCAUUUCCGCGUUUGUUUCAGCUGUUCGUUGUCGUUUCAUACUGUUCCUCCUGCUCACUGGUUUUGGCCCAGAGUGAGACUGGAUCUCACCAGUGAAGGCCGUACCUCAGUUUAGCAGAGGACUGAGACUCGCAGCAAAAGUACCUGGGCCGCGUUUCCCAGAUCCGUUAAGAAGCUCUUAAGUGCUAAGAACUUCUUAGGAGUGCUCUAAGAACAUUCUAAGAACGCUCCUAAGAAGUUCUUAGCAGUUAGCACUUAAGAGCUUCUUAACGAAUCGGGGAAACGUGGCCCUGAGCUGUGUCUGCUGUCCACUGCCGAACAGAUCGUACCGGGCGACAUCCGCACAGAGACACGAGGGGACUCGGAAAUACAAUGAGUGGACUUCCUUAAGUUGGAGAUUAAAGAAAAGGGCGGUGAAAAAUCGACAUUUUUUAUUGCUCGUCUUUAAAACUUUAACCAUUGGAGCCAAUGUUUUCCCCAUCCUCUCAGGCUGUCUGUUUGUCAUUUAUAUCAUUUUCCUGCUUAGACCCAGAUUGUUAACUAGUGGACCACACAUUAGUUGUUAGUAAAUUGUUAACUAAUGGACCGCAUCACCUGUCUGUAACAUCACAUUAAGGAAAAAAGAAAAAAAAAUCUAACAUUCAUUGACAAUGCAGAAUAACUCAAGUUCGAUUAAAUUCAAGGAAGAUACAUUACUCGCACUUCUCAUUCAAGUUAAAAUCAAGAAGGAUACAAUACUUGUGCUUCUCAUUUAAGUGAUUUGUAAUUGGACAAUUAGAAUCAAAGGUCAUUGAACUUGGAGGGCAUAUGUUGCCAAACGUUCAGUCUCCCUUGAUUUGUACCAUUAUCUCUCUUUAGUGACAUGUGCUCUCUUCUUCAGACAAGAUUUGUAAAUUUAACUCCGGACACUUAAGAACACCUAACAUGGCGGUGGAUGGGAUCUGAGCCGUUGACUCAAAGCACAACAGGCUACUUUUGUCUUCUGUCAGUCCUGUUAUAGCAUGCUGACCUAUCCCAUGGUCCCAGCUGACAUGCGGGUGAAAGAGCGCUAUGUACUAUCCUGUCGUAACUUGAAUUAGAGUCUGAAAGAUCACAACAGUAUUACAUUAGGCAGCAGAACUGAAUGGAAUUUGGAGUCUUCACAACAGUGCUUUUAAAAAAACAAGUAGGUCUUGGAAGUAGUUUAAGCUUUUUAAAGUUAAAGAAGUGAGCUUUUUUGUAGCAUAUAACUCCCUGGGUCAGAGUGUUAUUGGCAUACCCAUUGCAUGUUUUGUUGCGCUGUCCAAAAGAUUUCAGUCUACCGAGGCAGCUAGUAUAUUACUGAUGACGAGUCUAUUUACAACACACCAGUCCGUGCCGAUGAAUGCACUUUUCCAGUUUUGCUGCUAUGCCCUGGCAAAAGCUGAAAAGCUUACCAUGCUACAUGGCUACUGUGCCUUCAGUGCUUUAGUCGAGUACCAUCAUUUAUCUUUUCCUUUUUCUAGUCAGACGUGUAGUUUCAUCUUUCUCAGUCGCCUUAAACAAUUACGGAGUAUUCCUUUUCAGAAGUUUGACACGGUGCAGUCAGACAAUCUUUUUAAGUCGGUGUUUUCCCAAGUCAGAUGAUGAUGUGACAUUGAAAUGGCAGUCCACGUGUAUGGGAUGCUUCUCCUGUCAUGAACCCUGUCCACCACACACACAGACACACACUCACUCACUCACAAACACUAAUACACACCUAGCUCUGUCUUCACACAUGGAUCCUCUUUUAUCAAUGAUGUAGUGCCCAAAUCGUACCAAAGGGAGUUUGUAACUCCCCUUUGUUUUGGAAUGGAAUUGAAGGGAAAAAAAUCUUAUUUUCUAAAAAAGUUAAAAACUUUUUUUAAUGCUUUACAGUGUUUAAUGCAAUUGUCCUCAGGAAUAUAUUUUAAUGAUUUGGAACAAUGAAUAUAUUAUAUUUGGGGUAUGAAAUCCCCUUUAAAAAAAGAAAGAAAUCUUGUGGAUAUAUACUGAAUAUUGCCAUAACCUUAAUGCCUCUUUUUGAAUCUGGGGUAGUACAUUUGUUAAAAAGACAUCGAAUGAAUGCCUGUGUAAAACCCUAUUUUAUUGUAUUAAAUCAAAAUGAAUCAA